UUUUCUUAUUUUUUCACUGUCUCAUGUAAUGUGUCGAAUUUUUUCGAAAAUUUAUUUUUUACUAUAGUAGAAAUUUAGUUGAAUAUUUUUUUUUUUUUCUACGUAAGUGUGUUACUCUAUUUGAUAAUUGAAAAAAAAACUGGUUUACUUGUUUAUUUAACUGUUAAGCUUUUUUUUCCUAUUUCUAUAAUCAUGAAAGAUAAAAAAAAUUAUUUAUUAUUUUUUUCCUUGACAAAAUUAUGACGAAUAUUUAUUUUUCUAUUGAAAGUUAAUUUAUAAUAAUUUUAGUAUGAUAAAAAGUGAAUUAGUAAUUGUUUUUUAAAUUAAUUUUCGAUAAUUUAACUGGUGUAAUGUAUUUUUAAAAAAAUGUAAUGUAGUUUUAAAAAAAAAUAUAUCAAAUUUCGUCAGGGAUAGAGAUUAAAGUGAAAUAUAAAAUUCAAAAAAAAAAAAAAUAAAUCUAAUUGAAUUUAAAUUCUGUAAGUUACAGAAUUAUUUUAUCAUACUCUUAUUUAGCUAAUAGAAAUAUAAUCUCAAUUUUAAAGUAAAUUAAUUGCAUAUAAGACUAAAUUUUCCAUUCUCAUAAUUACCGAAACAAAAAAAGAUUAAAAAAUAUAAUUUAAUAAUGUGUAAAUAUUUAACAUUUCAACAAAAUUAAAUUUUAAAAAUAAUAAUAAUAAUUAUGUUUUUAUAUGGUUUAUUAAACUAGCCUUGAGAAUUUAAUUUUUUUUUUAUUUUUUAAUUUUUAUCUCACGUUAUCAAGAUAAAUACAAUUAAAAGAAAAAAAAAAAUUUUAACUAACUACGAAUUUUAUCGUUAAUUACAUUACCACAAUUUUUUUUUCAACUAUAAUAAUUUUUAAUAAUGUUUCUUUUUAUCUCUAAAUUAUGAAGCUAUUUAAAAAAAAAAAAACGACAAUAUAAAUUACGUAUUCACCUCUAUUUUUUUAAAUUCUAGUUUCAAAAUUAAAAUAACCACUUGAAGGGAAAAAUAAGGUCACAAGUUCAUGGCUAUGAAAUUAAAUAUUAUAAUAAUAAAUAGCAUCAAUAUAAAUAAUUAGUAUUUAAAUAAUAAUUUGUCAUUUUUAUUGUGUCAUUUGUCAUCAAAUGUAUUUAUUAUAAAUUAUUUUAUCUUUUAAAUGACAACAAUAAUAACAAUCAUCAAUGUCAUUGUCAUUUUAUUAUACAGUUCAUUUAAUAAAAUAUGAAUAAUAUAAAAAUAAUUUACUAAAUUUUAAGGUAUUUCAUUUAAUAAUAAAUUAUUCAAAAAAUAAAAUAAUCUGUAAUCAAAUUGUGCAAUCAAGAGAAUUUUUUUUUCCUUUUUUUUCUUUCAUUUGGUAGUUGUAUUAUCUUGUUCAAAUAAAAAAAAAAAAUAUACAUAUAUAUAAAGCUAAGAUAUAACACAAUUUGUAUAAAAAAAAAAAAUGAAAAUAAAUCCAGAAAUACACGCAUUAAUGUGAUUCAAUCGUGAUUUUAUUUUCGUAAUAAAAAAAAAAAAAAAAGAUGGUAAAAAAAAUAGGCCAUUUAUUAAGUAUAAAUUUAAAUUAUCUUGCUUGCAAAGUUCAGUUAGUUGAUAAUCAGCAAAAGCGCUUGAGUCUUUUGAUGUGAAAAUAAUAAAAAUAAAUAAAAUUUAUUUAUAAAUUUUCAUCAAUAGAGAUAAUAAUAAUAUUGAAUAAUUAAAAAUAUAAAUUAUUUAUAAAAGAUGAUUAACGUCAAAUUUUUGUUUACUUUGGGAAUUAUAUUUAUUAUUAUUGCUAUUUGUUUUUCGGAAUCAUUUUUCAGUCAAUGUGUUCGACCUCCAAUUCUUCAUGAAAGUGUUUAUGCAUGCAUGGAUAGUCUUGAUAAUGAGGGAAAAGAAUUUCUCAAGAAUGAAACAAAUCACAAUAGUCCAAAAUUAACAGCUUUUAAAGUUUGUUUAUUGGUACAAUUUAACUUUUUGAAGAAUGGAACAAUUAGAGAACAACAACAGGAGUUAUUUAUUAAAAAAUAUGUUGAAGAUAAAAAAGCUGCAAUUAAAAUGACUGAGGCUUGUCAAAUAUGUCGAGACAAUGCAAAUACACAAGAUGAAGAAGGGAAAGUUGCUGAAUACUUUUUCAACUGUCUCAAAGAAAAUUCAGAAUUAGCGACAUUAAUUUCAGAUAAAUUAUGUAUUAAACAAAAUAAUGAUAAUACAACAUCAAAAAAAUUAAGUAGUAAAUAAAUAGAUCCUAUUAAUUUAAUAUCAAGAAUAUAUUAUAAAGAAAAAAAAAGUAGAACGUAAAUUAUAGUUGUAAAUUUAAAUAUAAGAUUGUUUAUAUAUAAAAGAAAAUAAAAGAAAAAAAAAUUUAUUUAAAAUUAAAAAACA